GAAAUAUCAUUAUUUCGAUGCGAAAGACGUUUUCACUAUAUGAAAGAGAAAGGAAUCGAAGAUCAUAGAAUAGGUCGAGAAUUCGAAGAGAAAGUUGUCAGACAGGAACACACAAAAUGGCUGAUCAGCAAUUCAGAGCUCUAUCGUCGUGUUUGAUGAUUGGGUUCCUCGUGGUUGUAGUAACAGCAGGCAACACUGAUACGAAUGAAUUUGUUUGCCAAGCUGCAGCAGACGUGGCUUUUCUGGUGGAUUCAUCCGGAAGCAUUGGCUGGCAGAACUGGGUCAGGAUGUUGCAGUUCUUGAAAGACAUGGUAAAAGUUUUCAACGUCGGCCCUUAUAAAACACACAUUGCUAUUGUAACCUUCAGCACCACCGCUGUCCUUGAGUUUAGAUUCGACAGACUUAAAGGAUCGCAAGUUACAGAGGCUGGAUACUACAGUCUUAUCGACAAAAUCCGAUUUCAGAGAGGCGCCACGUUUAUUGACAAAGCUCUGAUUCUUGCCGACCAACAGGUAUUUAUAAGAAGAGCUGGAAUGAGACCAGAGCUCCCUCAGGUAAGGCCGACGCAGUAUCGGCUACUUAGCUAGGCUAGUUAAUUUGCCGGUUAUUUUGCUAUUCCCCUUUAGUUGUGUAAAUUUUAAAGAUAAGCUUUCGGCGUAGUUACCGUACAAUUAGGGUAAGGGUAAGGAGGGUUUGGCAGAGUAUUUACAAGGAAUACUCUCUAAAGCUAUUUUAAGAUCUCUGUUACACAGUCGUCCAGUUAACAAAUUGACGUCAG